UUCCAAUCCUCUGUGCUACGACGACGUUCCUUUGCUGUUUAACCUGCAAAAAUGACUCGCAAACGCAGGAAUGCAGGACGAGCCAAGAACGGCCGUGGACACGUGAACCCGGUAAGAUGCACAAACUGCGCCCGUUGCGUGCCCAAGGAUAAGGCAAUCAAAAAGUUCGUCAUAAGAAAUAUCGUCGAGGCUGCUGCUGUUCGUGAUAUUACGGACGCUAGCGUCUACUUCUCGUAUCAGCUACCUAAGCUCUACGCUAAAUUGCACUACUGCGUAUCAUGCGCAAUUCACUCUAAAGUUGUACGUAAUAGGUCAAAAGCUGAUAGGCGCAUCAGGACACCCCCAGUGCGUGCUUCCUACAAUAAGGAUAUGCGUCAAGUUCAACCCAACAGAAAGUAAUUUUUACGUGUAAAUUUUACAAAUAAAACGAUAUAAAAAUCUA